CUUGCUCAUUGGUCGCAAACGAGGAAGAUGCCGCCGCCAUAGAGAAUAGACUGGAGACUUUAUAAACCAAUCUACAUGUGAUACAUAUCCGUGGAUUUACUCCACGCUCCGACGCGUCGCCGUACGUGGGGAGGAAUUCAGGAGAUUUUUAACUGGACUUUGCUCUUUUUUCCCUAUUCUUCAUCUGUGGAUUCGUGUUUGUUUUGCUCGGUCGUUUGAUGUGAUGUCGGGCCCGCAGCGCUGCCUGUUUAUUGGUGAAGUCACUCUGUAGUGAUGUAGCUGCGGGUUAUCACACUGAAGGUGUUGAUGUGUGAACGAUGAACAAGCGAUGUCUGAUGUGGAGGCCACGUAUGCAGACUUCAUCGCCUCUGGCAGGACGGGGCGGAGGAACGCCCUGCAUGACAUCCUGCAGAGUCCCACCGACCCUGAGGGACGGGAGCUGCCCCUCACCUUGUCUCUGUCACAGCUGCACAUUAACGCAGGAGGGGGAGACGGAGACAGUGCUGACGACAGCCAGAGUUCAUCCUCGUCUGCACAGCGGGAGGCAGAGCAGAGGAACAGCUAACGUGCCCCACGCUGCUGCUGCUGCUGCUGGACAGAAUGGACGGCCUUCAGCAGCCACUGUGAUGGAGGAGUUGGUCUGGAGGGAGCUGGUGGUGGGAUGGUAGCGGCGCUGCUGUGGAGGAGGGCGUUUCCACUAGCGCUCCAGAGUGUGAUUAUCCCCAGUGCUCUCGUGGCUCUGCACUAAAACACGUGGCCGGUGCGUGUCAGGCAGGUUGAGCAGCUGGAACAACCUGUAGCUGACGUUAGGCUGACCUUCAGGCCUAGUUGAUACAUAUGUACAGACUGAUGAUGACUAGAAUGAAAAGAACACAUAGCCGGUGAUCCCGUGGGAGCUUUGUAGGAACGUAAGCAAUUUGUAAAACACUGACGUGAGGGGAAGCAGUGGAAAUAACAUGGGGUAGUGAUGCUGAGAGCUUUUACUGCCAGUUGAUGCUUUGUGCUUCCUAUUAAUUGAUGAUGUGAGAUUCAACUACUGUAGACCUGAAAUACGCCACUAAAUAAAUCACUGUGGUUUUGCUACUAAAGCUGUUACAAACUCUGCUGCAGGUCUUGAUGAUGUGGUCUGCAUCCUACACAAAUAGUCACAACAGUACAUACAUUUACAGUUAGUACAUAUUUACUACGCAACAUGUUUGUGGUUGAACAGUGAUGGUUUACUGUAUAUUUAAAAUUUGCUUUAUUUUUACUUUUCUAUUGAUUGAUGACGUUGUAAUUUGGAAAUGUUUCAUGGCCUUCUUGUCAGAUACACAACUACAGUACAUUGGGUUACAUCAAUGAAGGUACAGUAAUAAACAACUACUUCCUCUAGCAGCACUGAAGACCAACAGUGAACACGGACACAUUUUUAAGUGAAGUUUCAUACUACAACUGUAGGUUUCAUAGACUAUUCUGUCCUGUGGCGUUCAUCAAAGGACAGGAGCAAAUAGGAUUUAUGCUAAAACAGGAAUCCCUUAAAGUUAUUUAGUUGAAGUACAGUACAUUGCUGACGAGCUGCGUGUUUCAGGUCGCUUGUUUUGUGGGGCUGAAUAAUCCGUCAGACACGGACACAACUACUCAUUUGCACUGAAUCGUUGCUGGUGAUGAUCUCUGUAGGGUGAAUAAUGAAAAUACCAUUUUUUGCAUUUCUGGAAAAAAUUAGCGUUUGUUUUUUUUUAUGUAGAAAACUUAAAAACUGCAAAACUCAACACAUUGUGUGAAAGCUGAACUGAAUUUAUUACUUUGUGUAAUAAUAUACUGUAUAUAUGUACACAGAUUCCAUAAACACAUUAUGCAUGCACUUUUAAACUGUGUUUUGUAAGUUGUCUCUGCAGUUUCCCGUUGUCUCGUUCCUGUUGGUUCAGAUGAUAAAACGAGUGUCUGUCAAAGUGGCCGUCGGGUUUUUAAACGGUGAAGUGGAGAGCGAGCGUCCACUGUUCUGCAUGUAGACAUGUGGCAGGUGCAUGAUUGUGCUUAAUGUAUUAACAUUGGUUGACUGUCCCUGACCAUGUGUUCUACUUCUGGAGUCAAAUUAAAAACAAGACCUGAUGACACUAAAAUGCUGUUGUACUUUUGCCCUUUGACCAACAGAUAGCACUGUGGAAUAAGAGGGUUCACACCCACGUGUACAUUUUAGACUUGGCUCUUACUCCAUACUGCAAAUUCUUACUGUAGGUAGUGAAACAUUAACUAAUGCAGUGUUUGUGUAUAAAUGAUUAAAUGGUGGAACUGC